CCGGGUGGGCAGUUUUCCCAGAGCAAGGAGCAAGGCAGUACUGAGUUGGCGCCAACUUACUCAGAUGUGGACACUGCUGUCUGGAUGGCCAGCCUGCCCCAGUUAGCCUGAGCCUAAGGGCUCGCUCAGGCACUGUGCUCCUGCUGUGAGGCUGCGGCCCUGUAUCUCAGGGGAGUGGCAUGUCACAAAGGGAAGGCCGAGGGCCACCAGUGAUGCCAAGAGUGGAACAUGGCCGGGCGAAGGCCAAAACGCGGCUGCUGCCAGGCACUGAUAGGAAGAGGCGCCACCUCAGCAGGACCAGGCAGUGGGAAGAGACCAGCUGGAGCGACCAAAGGUGGAGCCGAGCUGUCCCUAGCCCUGGAGGGGCCAGGGCUGGGGGCCCAGCUUGUGGCAGGAGUGACGCCAGUCCGGAGAACGCAGCCCGGGAGCGCAGCCGGGUGAGGACCCUGCGCCAGGCCUUCCUGGCCCUGCAAGCCACUCUGCCUGCCGUGCCUCCUGACACCAAGCUCUCUAAGCUGGACGUGCUGGUGCUGGCCACCAGCUACAUAGCCCACCUCACCCGUGCACUUGGCCACGAGUUGCCCAGCCCUGCCUGGCCACCCUUCCUGCGUGGGCUCCGUUACCUGCACCCUCUCAAGAAGUGGCCCAUGCGAUCUCGUCUCUAUGCUGGAGGCCUGGGAUGCUCUGGCCUUGAUUCCACCAUCGCCUCCAGCCAAAAAACCAAAGAAGCAGAGGUGGGGCCCCAAGUCUCUGGAGGGGCAGAUGUUCUCUUGCUCACCAAGCCACACUCGCCAGCUCUUGGUGACAAAUGACCGUCACACCCAUCCCAUUCUCCUGUGAUUUGACUCUCAGUUAGGGACCUGGAUUUGGUACCAGCCCCUACCCAUCUUCCCUCUGAUUCUCAGCCAGUGGAUUUGACUGAGGCUCAGCUUCCAAGUCCCAGCAGGCAGACCAAGACAGGCAGCAGGUAUUUCAGUGGUGAAGAGCUCCAGGGAGCACAGCAUGGAGAACCACACCCUUGGCCCUGAGAGGGGACCUCCCAGUGACUCUUCUGUGACGGCCACAGGCAAGUGGGAAAGGAAAGGGUUAGACUGCGUUUGAGUUCAAGUUACGGUGCCUCCCUUCCCUUGUCUCCCCUAAGGCUCCCACAAGCUCUCUGCACAUAAAUGGAGACAUAAAUGGCUGUGCAGGUGCAGAGGAAGGGGCCAGGAUGGCGGCAGCCCCAGGUGCUGAUGGGAAAGCUCUAAGGGGCACCCAGGCUCGUGGUAGGUGUGUGAACAGGUCUGGGGCAGAGUUCUGCAGCCAGAGAGGAAACUGAAGAGGGCGACAUGCACCAGGUUCCAGGGCACCAUGAAUGCUUCCCUGACAGGUGAGAGGCCUCGAGGAAUGAAGGAUCAUUGUCUUCACAUACAGACACUCCAGGUGCUCCUCAUACUGCGUUUUUCCCUCUCUGGUCCUUGUACAUUUUCCCUGUUUUUGUUGACAUGAGUUAUAGCUAUGGGUGAAACCAUAAAGCUCACAUUGCUUACAUUUCAGUCUCCAGAGAAACUUAGAUAGGCCCAGCUGUCUCCUCUGAAGAGAUCUCGUCCCGGAAGCUGCUCACGGCAUCCAUGUAAGGCCUCACCUGUGAAGGAUAUUGAUGAUCUAGUCAAUGACACCCCGAAGUAACCUUGAAAGAAGAACAUGUGUCUUUUUUCAAUGGAUGGUACAGCCUUCUCUUUCCAGUAUGUUAGAAACCUAACCUCAAGGUCUGGGUUCAGUGAGCGCCCAGCCCAGUGCCAGGACUGCUUCACGCUCUGUUGGCUCUAGAGUUACCUCUACAGUCAUGCUGGAAAUUGGGUCCCAAAACCAGGCUCUCCCCAAGCUUCUGCCAAGAGGUGCCAGAAAUGUGACUGAUACAGCUGUAAUGGAAUUUGUCCCCCACCCUGAAAAAAUAAUUGAGGACUAAUUAAUCACAAAGUCUACACACAUUGAGGUGAGCUUUUCAGGCUGGGUAUCAUUUCAAAGCUGCUACCCAAAGCCCAGGCAGGGAGAGGAUCACCGUUUUUGUUAAAUUUUGACAUCCAAGACAGCAGAGUCCCAACAGGGUUCUCGUUAGGCACAAGCUGUCAUUGUCAUCGUGAGGGCAAAGGCGGACUGGGGUCUGUUCCUCCACAGGGCCGGCCAGGGCAGCAGGGGUGACUCAGCAAGCUGGGGUGGAGAUAGGAAAAGACACAGAACGUCCCAGCCCGAACUGCACGGGAUGUGGGAGAGCAGCUGGCCGUGGCUGGGAGCCACGGGAGAAGACCCGAGCCAAGGCUGAACUCGUAAAUCUGCUGAGGGACCCUGCAGGGCUUGUGCAGAGCUGCUCCUGGGCAGCUGGAAGGGGCCAGGCAGGGGCAGAGCUCAGGUGUGGGAGGGCAUGAGCAGCGCUCUUCACCAGACCAUAAAAGUCCAGCUUGAGCGUUCUAUUUUUAAAGCCAAGUAGGAGCAUCUUCCUGGGGAGUUGGAGGAUGGGAACAAGAGGGCAGAUGAGUGCCUCCCAAUGGGUGGCACGCGCUUUCUUUCUGAGCAGGAAGAGUCCAGCUUUGCUUGUGUUGCUGGUCGCUCCCUGAUAAUCUGGUGCACCGAGUAGACUUUGUUUGGAGUUUAUCCUGCCCCACCCUGCUCAGAACCAAGCCUCUGCCUCACCCCAUCCAGCCCCUAGGAGUGACAGAAUCACUCUAGUGAAGACUAGGAAGCCAAAGGAAGAUGAAGCCCGUGGAGGCUGAGGACGGCAGGUCCCCCCAGGAUAUGUCUCUUAGGCUGCCUCGGGCUCUUCCCAGCAGAGUUGUGCCUGUGCCCUGAAAAAUCCUGAGUGACCCAAGGACCAGAUACCCAAGAUGGAGAGCUCAGGCCAGAGAGCCAAAGGGCUGACAGAGGGAAGGGAGGCACAAAAGAAGGUUCAGGGGGUGACUGGAUGCACCCAAAGCGGAACCUGGCCCUGGUCUCCAUGGUAAAGCACAAUGCUGUCCUUGAGAAAUGACAGCUUGGCACCUGGGGUGUGUAACCCACCAAGCCUGGAGAAAUGCCUUUUGUCUCUGCAGCAAAGAAGAAAAUCACUCACUCACCAGGAUGCUUCUAGUCUCACCUGUAACCGAGCAUGGGGUGGAGCAGCUAGGGGUGCAGAGGUGACCCCCAGCUGGGUCUAGCUGGGGCAGCUGGGGCAGCUUCAGCUCCCCAGUAACAAAGGUGUGGCAGGAAGGGGGUCUGCCUCGGGAGUCGGAGGCCCGGCUGCUGCCUUGGGUAUGGUCUAGUUGGCUUUCUGGCACUGCCUGUCAUGGGACUCUGGGGGGCAGAGGCCGGUGGUGAGGAGGUCAGCCCUGAGCAGCCUGAGAGCAGGGUGGAGGCUUGGUGGGCCACAGAGGGGCAGAGCAGGCCAAGGGAUAUAAAUAAGGAUUGUGGUGGCCGCUGUGGUGUUUACCACCCAAGAACAAGAGUAGUUAGAAAUAGAUCAGGCAGUUUCUUCCCUCUCUGUCUAGGAGGAGCCUGGUUAAAGUAAAUUAGACAGCAGGCCUCUUUUUUUGGCACCGCCUUGCAGGCUUAUUCUACUCAGUAGGCCCAAAUCCAGCUCCCCACCCAUCACUGUAAAUAAAGUUUUAUUGAAACACA